CCUCAGCUCCCUCACUCAGGCCAGGCCAGUGGCCUUGGGAAGAGCCUGGACAGGGAGGUGGGAGGUCUGGGCAUCCUGGGGCCACGCUUCCGGGCAGGGAGUGUCUGCUGAGAAAGCGGGACCAGACAGACCCACAGACUGCGCUGGAGGCUCAGCUCUGCGGGCUCCAGGACCCUCCUCGCCGCCUCUCCCUCGAGGUCCGCGGAGGCUUGCGCCGCCGGAGCCACUCCCAACGCCCAGCCCAGGGCUCCCCACGCGGCAGCCCCGGGUCCCCGCCCGCUGGUGCCCCCUCCGCACGAACCCUCCCACUCGCCAGGACCCUCCCAGGCUCCGGCCCCGCCCCGCCCCGGGCUGGCCCCGAGCCCUCCCGCCCCCGCCCCGGCGCAGCCCCCCGGCCGCCCCCGCUUCCCUCCGGCGCAGGCCCCCUCCCCCUGCCGCCCCCGCCCCCGGGAAGCAGCGCCGCGGAGCCCGGGCCCAUGCAGCUGAGCCGCGCCGCCGCCGCCCCUGCGGAACCUUCGGCGCCGCCGUCCCCCGCGUCGGCCCCGGCCCCCUCCGGCCCCCUCCCGCUCAGCGCGACCGACGGGGCCCUGGCGGGGGGCGAGGGGGGGCCGGGGCGCCGCGUGGAGCCCCCGAGCGCCCCGCUCCCGGCCGCGAGCAGCCCCGGCCCCGGCGCGGGGAUGGACGGCCCCGGGGCCGGCGCCGUGGUCGUGCGCGUCGGCAUCCCGGACCUGCAGCAGACGAAGUGCCUGCGCCUGGACCCGGCCGCGCCCGUGUGGGCCGCCAAGCAGCGCGUGCUCUGCGCGCUCAACCACAGCCUCCAGGACGCGCUCAACUACGGGCUCUUCCAGCCGCCCUCCCGGGGCCGCGCGGGCAAGUUCCUGGACGAGGAGCGGCUGCUGCAGGAGUACCCGCCGAACCUGGACACGCCCCUGCCCUACCUGGAGUUUCGAUACAAGAGGCGAGUUUAUGCCCAGAACCUCAUCGAUGAUAAGCAGUUUGCCAAGCUUCACACGAAGGCGAACCUGAAGAAGUUCAUGGACUACGUCCAGCUACACAGCACAGACAAGGUAGCCCGCCUGCUGGACAAGGGGCUAGACCCCAAUUUCCACGACCCUGACUCAGGAGAGUGUCCCCUGAGUCUUGCGGCACAGCUGGACAAUGCCACGGACCUGCUGAAGGUGCUGAGGAAUGGUGGAGCCCACCUGGACUUCCGCACACGCGAUGGGCUCACUGCCGUGCACUGUGCCACGCGCCAGCGGAAUGCGGCGGCUUUGACGACCCUGCUGGACCUGGGCGCUUCACCUGACUACAAGGACAGCCGUGGCUUGACGCCCUUGUACCACAGCGCCCUGGGGGGCGGGGACGCCCUCUGCUGUGAGCUGCUCCUCCACGACCAUGCUCAGCUGGGGACCACUGAUGAGAACGGCUGGCAGGAGAUCCACCAGGCCUGCCGCUUUGGGCACGUGCAGCACCUGGAGCACCUGCUGUUCUACGGCGCUGACAUGGGGGCCCAGAACGCCUCAGGGAACACAGCCCUGCACAUCUGUGCUCUCUACAACCAGGAGAGCUGUGCUCGUGUCCUGCUUUUUCGUGGCGCCAACAAAGAUGUCCGCAAUUACAACAGCCAGACGGCCUUUCAGGUGGCCAUCAUCGCGGGGAACUUUGAACUGGCAGAGGUCAUCAAGACCCACAAAGACUCGGAUGUCGUACCAUUUAGGGAAACCCCCAGCUAUGCAAAGCGGCGGCGGCUGGCCGGCCCCAGUGGCUUGGCCUCCCCACGGCCCCUGCAGCGCUCAGCCAGUGACAUCAACCUGAAAGGUGAGGUGCAGCCGGAAGCCUCCCCUGGACCCUCGCUGCGCAGCCUCCCCCACCAGCUGCUGCUCCAGCGGCUGCAGGAGGAGAAAGACAAAGACCGGGACCAUGAUGGUGACAAAGAGAAUGACGUCGAUGGCACUGAAGCAGGCAGGGGCAGCCAGAGCAACAUCAGCCCGAGCGGGCCCGGCGGCCCCGGCGGCCCCGGCCCCGCGCCCGGCCCCGGCACGGCGCCCCCCGCGCCCCCCGCGCCGCCGCCCCGCGGCCCGAAGCGGAAACUUUACAGCGCUGUCCCCGGCCGCAAGUUCAUCGCCGUGAAGGCGCACAGCCCGCAGGGCGAGGGCGAGAUCCCGCUGCACCGCGGCGAGGCCGUGAAGGUGCUCAGCAUUGGGGAGGGCGGUUUCUGGGAGGGGACCGUGAAAGGCCGCACGGGCUGGUUCCCGGCCGACUGCGUGGAGGAGGUGCAGAUGAGACAGUAUGACACACGGCAUGAAACCCGGGAGGACCGGACGAAGCGACUUUUCCGCCACUACACAGUGGGCUCCUACGACAGCCUCACCUCUCACAGCGAUUAUGUCAUUGAUGACAAGGUGGCCAUCCUGCAGAAACGGGACCACGAGGGUUUUGGUUUUGUGCUUCGGGGAGCCAAAGCAGAGACCCCCAUCGAGGAGUUCACCCCCACACCGGCCUUCCCUGCACUUCAGUACCUCGAGUCUGUGGAUGUGGAGGGCGUGGCCUGGAGGGCUGGGCUGCGCACGGGAGACUUCCUCAUCGAGGUGAACGGGGUGAACGUGGUGAAGGUUGGACACAAGCAGGUGGUGGCGCUGAUCCGCCAGGGCGGGAACCGUCUCGUCAUGAAGGUUGUGUCGGUGACAAGGAAGCCCGAAGAAGACGGGGCUCGGCGCAGAGCCCCACAGCCCCCCAAGAGAGCCCCCAGCACCACACUGACCCUGCGUUCCAAGUCCAUGACGGCUGAGCUUGAGGAACUUGCCUCCAUUCGGAGAAGGAAAGGGGAGAAACUAGAUGAGAUCCUGGCGGCCGCCGCGGAGCCCACACUGAGGCCUGACAUCGCGGAUGCUGACUCAAGAGCAGCCACCGUCAAACAGCGGCCUACCAGCCGGAGGAUCACCCCGGCCGAGAUCAGUUCACUGUUUGAGCGCCAGGGCCUCCCAGGCCCAGAGAAGCUGCCGGGCUCCCUGCGGAAGGGGAUUCCACGGACCAAGUCUGUAGGGGAGGAUGAGAAGCUGGCAUCCCUGCUGGAGGGGCGCUUCCCUCGGAGCACGUCGAUGCAAGACUCUGGGCGCGAGGGCCGUGGCAUCCCGCCCCCGCCGCAGACUGCGCCGCCGCCCCCACCCGCGCCCUAUUAUUUCGACUCAGGGGCGCCCCCUGCCUUCUCGCCGCCGCCCCCGCCAGGCCGGGCUUAUGACACGGUGCGCUCCAGCUUCAAACCGGGCCUAGAAGCGCGUCUGGGUGCCGGCGCCGCAGGCCUGUACGAGGCGGGCGCGGCCCUGGGCCAGAUGCCCUACCCCGAGCGGCAGAAGCGCGCGCGCUCCAUGAUCAUCCUGCAGGACUCGGCCCCGGAGGCGGGCGACGCUGCUCGGCCCCCGCCCGCGGCCACCCCGCCAGAGCGCCCCAAGCGCCGGCCCCGGCCUCCGGACCCCGACAGCCCCUACGCAAACCUGGGCGCCUUCAGCGCCAGCCUCUUCACACCGUCCAAGCCCCAGCGCCGCAAGAGUCCGCUGGUGAAGCAGCUGCAGGUGGAGGAGGCCCAGGAGCGCGCAGGCCUGGCCGUGGGCAGCCCGGGCCCGGGGGGCGGCACCUUCACGCGCGAUCCCUCCCCGACGCACCGCGGGCCUCGGCCUGGUGGCCUCGACUACAGCCCUGGGGACAGCGGGCUGGCAUUUGGAGGCCCGGGCCCGGCCAAGGACCGGCGGCUGGAGGAGCGGCGCCGGUCCACCGUGUUCCUGUCGGUGGGCGCCAUCGAGGGCAGCCCUCCCAGCGCCGACCUGCCGUCCCUGCAGCCCUCCCAUUCCAUCGAUGAGCGGCUCCUAGGGGCCAGUGCCGCCACCGGCCGUGACCUCCUGCUGCCCUCCCCAGUCUCUGCUUUGAAGCCGUUGGUCAGCGGCCCGAGCCUUGGGCCUUCCGGCUCCACCUUCAUCCACCCGCUCACCGGCAAACCCUUGGACCCCAGCUCGCCCCUGGCCCUGGCGCUGGCUGCCCGGGAGCGGGCGCUGGCCUCCCAGACGCCCUCCCGGUCCCCCACACCUGUGCACAGCCCUGAUGCCGACCGGGCUGGGCCCCUGUUUGUGGAUGUUCAAGCCCGCGACUCGGAGCGAGGAGCCCUGGCCUCCCCGGCCUUCUCCCCCAGGAGCCCCGCCUGGGUUCCUGUGCCUGCCCGCAGGGAGCCCGAGAAGGCCUCCCGAGAGGAGCGGAAGUCACCUGAGGACAAGAAGUCCAUGAUUCUCAGCGUCCUGGACACGUCCCUGCAGCGGCCCGCCGGCCUCAUUGUGGUCCACGCCACCAGCAACGGGCAGGAGCCCAGGGGGCUGGGGGCUGAAGAGGAGCGCGCAGGCACCCCGGAGCUGGCCCCUGCACCCACACAGUCAGCCGUUGUGGCAGAGCCCCUGCCCAGCCCACGGGUGCAGCCCCCUGGCAGUGCCCCAAAAGACCCUGGGCCAGGCCAGGGCAGCUCCGAGGAGGAGCCAGAGCUGGUCUUUACAGUGAACCUGCCUCCCGCCCAGCUGUCCUCUAGCGACGAGGAGACCAGAGAGGAACUGGCUCGUAUCGGGCUGGUGCCACCCCCCGAAGAGUUUGCCAAUGGGCUCCUUCUGGCCACCCCACUGCCUGGCCCAAGUCCCUCACCCACUACAGUGCCAGGCCCGGCCUCAGGGAAGGCAAGUAGUGAGCUGCCCCCUGCCCCUGAGUCUGCAGCUGACUCUGGAGUGGAGGAGGUGGACACACGCAGUUCCAGCGACCCCCACCUGGAGACCACAAGCACCAUCUCCACAGUGUCCAGCAUGUCCACUCUGAGCUCCGAGAGCGGGGAGCUCACCGACACCCACACCUCCUUCGCUGAUGGACACACUUUUCUACUCGAGAAGCCACCAGUGCCUCCCAAGCCCAAGCUCAAGUCCCCGCUGGGGAAGGGGCCGGUGACCUUCAGGGACCCUCUACUGAAGCAGUCCUCGGACAGUGAGCUCAUGGCCCAGCAGCACCUUGCCGCCUCCGCCGGGCUGGCCUCUGCUGCUGGGCCUGCUCGCCCUCGCUACCUCUUCCAGAGAAGGUCCAAGCUGUGGGGGGACCCCCUGGAGAGCCGGGGGCUCCCUGGGCCUGAAGACGACAAACCAACUGUGAUAAGUGAGCUCAGCUCCCGCCUGCAGCAGCUGAACAAAGACACACGCUCCCUGGGGGAGGAGCCAGCCAGUGGCCUAGGCGGCCUGCUGGACCCUUCUAAGAAGUCGCCCAUCGCGGCAGCUCGGCUCUUCAGCAGCCUCGGUGAGCUGAGCUCCAUCUCAGCGCAGCGCAGCCCUGGGGGCCCGGGCGGCGGGGCCUCCUUCCAGGUGCGGCCCGGCGGCCGCUACCCUCUGGCCCGGCGCGCCCCGAGCCCAGUGAAGCCCGCGUCGCUGGAGCGGGUGGAGGGGCUGGGGGCGGGAGCGGGGGGCGCGGGGCGGCCCUUCAGCCUCACGCCUCCCACCAUCCUCAAGUCGUCCAGCCUCUCCAUCCCGCACGAGCCCAAGGAGGUGCGCUUCGUGGUGCGCAGCGUGAGCGCGCGCAGCCGCUCGCCCUCGCCCUCGCCGCUGCCCUCGCCCACUCCCGGCCCCGGCCCGGGAGGCCCCGGCCCGCGCAGGCCCUUCCAGCAGAAGCCGCUGCAGCUGUGGAGCAAGUUCGACGUGGGCGACUGGCUGGAGAGCAUCCACCUGGGCGAGCACCGCGACCGCUUCGAGGACCACGAGAUUGAGGGCGCACACCUGCCGGCCCUCACCAAGGACGACUUCGUGGAGCUGGGCGUCACGCGCGUGGGCCACCGCAUGAACAUCGAGCGCGCGCUCAGGCAGCUGGAGGGCAGCUGACGCCCCACCCCCUCCAUGCGCCGGCCGCGCCCUGCGGGCAGGGCCCCCACCCCCACCCCCACCCCAACCAACCAACCCCGGGCCGCAGGCUCGGCCCCUGCCCCCCACUAAGGCGCCCGGGCCAGGAAUGUUGCAUGAAUCGUCCUGUUUGCCGUGGCUCAGAGACUUGCCCUGUACAUUGCUUAGCGCCCUCCCGCGGCCGGCGAGCCCCAACCCAGCACACGGUCAGGAAGUGGGGACGGGAGGGUGGAGCCCGAGGGGUUGGGGUGGGUCUCCAGCCUGACCGGCUCCCACACAUCUUCCAGAGGCUGCUCCUAGAGGGGGGACCUAGUCCAGCAUGCGAGGGGUCAGGACACACCUUGGUGACUCGGGGGGAGGGGGGAGACAUUGGGGUUCUCGGUUGGGGGCCAAGGAGCCCCCCCGUUUUGCAUAUUUUAAUCCACUCUAUAUUUGGAACGAGAAAAGGAACAAAUAUCUCUGUCCUUAAUAGCUUCCCUUCCUGCCUCCCCUCACCCCCCAGCCUCCUACUGGUUCCCUGUGGCUGUCCAGUCUUCCAUCUCUGGCCCCUCACUGCCACUGCCACCCCACGUGGGCGGAGGAUGCUCCAGCUGGUCUGGGGUUGGCCAGGGUCCUAGUAGCCGCCCUGGGGCUCUGCCUCGGCCUCCUCCCCUCGCUGAGCUCUAGCGUGCCCGAUGACCCUUCGGUGCUGCGUGGAGGAGGGGCAGCAGGCUGCCAGGCCUGCAGGGCACUAGCAAGGUCUGGGGGCCUGGGAGACCCUCGCCAGGGGUGGGGAUGGACCCUGGCACCUGCUCCCAGCCAUCUCCCUCACGGGGUCCCUCCCCAGGAGGAGUCUAGCCUCCUCCCCACAUUGUUGGGCAACUACAGCAAAGAAGCCUCUGCCUCAGACCCCAGUCUCCUGUCCCGCCUGUGUGUGUGCAAGCGUGUGACUGUGUGAAACUGUGGGUUCUACUGAGUGCCUCGGAGCCCCGUGUGUGCCUGAGUGGGGAGCGGGCCCUGAACCAGUGCAAGGGUUUUGGGAGCAUGUGCAGGGUGCAUGCCUGAAAGCACCCCAUCCGCUUCCAAAGAAGGUCCGAGGCCCCCCUGUUCCCUGGGACCUGCGUUUGUCCCACCUGCCCCUCCAGAGUCCUGCCUGGCCUGAGCAGGCUGCCUGGCCAGCUCUGCUACUGGGGGUGCCCCCCAGGGCCCUUGGAGGCAGUGCCCGCCCCCCUACCAGGACUCUGAGGGAUCCUAGGGAAACGCCCCUAGAGUCAGGCCACCAUAAACCCUGGGGAGAAGCAGAGACCCCCGAGGGCACCCCAGCCCCCCUUACUGUGACUCCCCACACUCAGCAAUGACCUGUGGGAUGGGGGGCCCUGGGAUGUUUUUAAACCUAGGGUUUGGAGUCUGGACUAAGCUCCAUCCACGUCACUCACAAGUUUCUGUUUAUAUUUCUAGCUUUUUUUAAUAAAAAUAAAAAACCCAGAAAACAGAUGUUUUCACAGCCCAGGGGCCUGGCACGCCGGUCUGUGCCCGCCCAACCCCCUCCCGGCCCAGCGGCCUCAUUCCCUGGGCAGAGUCACAUCCAGCCACCCUUCACUAACAGAACAGAUCACACAGCAGCCGUGACUGUAACAGGCUGCCACAUACACACUCGGUCUCACACUCACCUGUGGGUUUUUGGUUCCGUUCGAUUUGGGUUUUUAACUUUACAGGGUCAGUACCGCUUCACCCUCCUUUUGUAUGGAGUUCCAUCCAGGGGCUUUCCCCCUGCUCCAGUCCUGAGGCCUCCUGACCCUGAUGUUGUGAUACACCCCACAGAGAUCUAUGUUUCUUAUAUUAUUAUUAUUAUUAUUGAUAAUAAUUAUUAUAAUAUUAUUAUGUAAUAAAUUUAUAAGAAAUGAAA